AUAACCUCGUUGUGAACGAGACCCCAUAAAAACAGGGAGGCCACCACCUUUUUGUGCAUAAUGAGCAUCAUAUACACUAGGGUCACAGCAAUACAGUUGCCUCAUUUUUUCUGUCUGAAGUGAAGUUUCACUAACACCUGACCGUCUUCAAAUGGCACAGCAUCGCCUGUGUUUGUCCUAAUAUCCACUUCAAUGGUCUAAAAUGUUGCUUUACUCACAGGUGCAUAAUGUAUGUCUGAGUAGGAUUUUUGUAUCAUUUCACCAUGUUUUCCACUUGUAGUGACUGUUCUAAGCAGUGGUGUGUGGGAAUCGCCUACUAGUUGGUGCUGAAGUACAUCGCUGUAAAUAAAGAUGCUGUAAAAUGUUCCCUGGAGGUCUGCUGGGAACACAGAGGUUGUAUUUCCUGUUAAAACAACUUCGUUUUGAUGAAAGCCCAGGACAUGUGUUAAAUCUUUGAUCAGUCUAAUGGCUCUCUUAUUACCUACUUCAAAAUACACUUUUUGGGUCAGUGAUUUGUAUAUCAACUUAAUAUUUGUAUCGGCAAUCAAAUCGUUGAUUGUCGUUCAUGUCAGCUGCAUAAUUGAGUCAUAAUGGCCCUCUGGAAUAGUAAUUGUGGACUAUUCAUGCAAUGUAGGGUCAUUAUCUGAUGGCAAUAGUACUGCAAAACGGUUGUUUCUGUCUGUGAUAUUGUACCAUGUCUUUGGAAACUGUAUUUCAGCCAGACCAACUUCCCAAUUAUCAGCUGAAUCCAAUUGGAUACUAUUGCUUAAUUUGGUGGUGAAAUGUGAUUUGGUAUUGUUUGGAAAAAACUUCAUGGAACUGUUACUGGGUAGUGUAACAUAGAAGUGAUCUACAUUAAAACUCAUGUUCAGUUUGGGAUAGUAAAUCUGUUAUCAGUCGAAGGUGGCCUGUUUGGUAGUGAAAUUCAAGACAGGGUGAUUGAAAAGGCCUUUCGUUUUGCCGUCAAUAGCAUUAACAGAGAUAGGAAUUUAUUAAAGGGAACACGUUUGAAAUACGACAUUCAACGUUUACGAAACACGGAUAGUUACCAAGCGUCAAAGAGAGCCUGCCAACAAGUCAACUUAGGUGUAGCAGCUUUAUUCGGACCUCAACAAUCGCAUCUAGCAGGGCAUAUCAAUUCCAUGUGCAACGCUAUGGAUAUACCACAUCUAGAAGCCAGAUUAGAAACAAGAACUGAUAGCCCUCCAUUAUUUUCCGUGAAUCUUUACCCAGACGUCGACUUUCUUACAAAAGCUUACAUAGAUGUUGUCAAAAGUUUUGACUGGAAGAAAAUUCUAGUUUUAUAUUCAGAUGACUACGGGUUAUUAAAACUUCAGCACUUUAUACGGACGCCUUUUAACCAAGAGAUCGAGAUUAUAGUGCGACAGGUGAAUAGGAAAAAUAUGCGUAACGUACUUCGCGAAGCAGAGAAGCAUCGAAUGCAUUCGAUUCUUGCAGACCUGCCUGUUGAUGAUACUCAUUUACUUUUAAAAACAGCCUUACAAGAAGGCAUGAUUGAUUCCAGCCAUAGUUAUAUAUUAACAAAUUUGGAUAUAGAAAAUUUAGACAUGGAGGAUUUCCGUCAUAACUUUGUUAACUUGACGGGAUUUCGGAUUAUACCGAGGGACAGGGACGUCGACGAUGUAUUAAGGGAGAUGUUUCAAUAUGACGAAAAAUCGAAUGGAGAAUUACAAAACGCAUCAUCGGCAAUGGCGACAGAAGCUGCAUUGAUGUAUGAUGCCGUUUAUAUGUUAGCCAAAGGACUCGAAGAAGUGGACCACAGUCAGGACAUCCGGUUAUUUAAUCUCUCGUGUUAUGAAGACAAACAAUGGCCAUUUGGGAGCAGCUUCUUUAAUGCUAUGAAUUCAGUAUCUUUCAAUGGUUUGUCUGGAAGGGUUAUGGGUUUGAAGGAAGGUAGAAGAAUCGAUUUCAAUCUCGAGAUUCUCUUCAUGACAACCAAAGGGCUGCAAAAGGUUGGUUAUUGGAAUCCAAUAGGUGGUUUGAAUUACACAGGACCAUUUGAAACCAUGACGCGAGGUGGAAAGAUGGGAAUCAACAGAACACUGGAAGUAACCUCCAUACUGGCCGAUAAAGAGUUGGUUGUUACAACAGUAAAGGAUCCCCCGUUCGUCAUGUUAAGGGACAACCACGAGGAGUUGGAAGGCAAUGACAAAUUCCAAGGCUUUUGCGUUGAGAUGCUCGAUGCAAUAGCAAAUAAUGUUGGCUUCAGAUACAAGCUACAGCUAGUUCAAGACGGAAAAUAUGGCGUCCCUGACGAAUAUGGGGAGUGGAAUGGCAUGGUCAAGGAACUGAUUGAUGGGCGUGCAGACCUAGCAGUGGCAUCCCUAACUAUCAACUAUCUACGAGAACAAGCAAUUGAUUUUACGAAACCCUUCAUGAACCUUGGCAUCAGUAUAUUAUUCAAAACACCAAAGGGUCAAACACCUGGCUUGUUUUCCUUUUUAAAUCCGUUAGCAUUGGAAAUUUGGCUCUACGUCAUUGUUGCUUACGUUACGGUCAGUUUCGUUAUGUUUAUAUUGGCCCGAUUCAGUCCUUUCGAAUGGUACAACCCACAUCCAUGUAACCCGGAGACAGACAUCGUUCACAAUGUGUUCACGCUCUCAAACAGCUUCUGGUUCACCGUUGGAACAUUGAUGCAGCAAGGCUCCGACAUCAACCCGCGGGCACUGUCAACCCGUAUCGUUGGUGGGAUAUGGUGGUUCUUUACACUCAUUAUCAUAUCAUCAUACACGGCUAACCUUGCUGCUUUCCUGACAGUGGAAAGGAUGGAAUCUCCCAUAGAGAGUGCCGAUGAUCUUUUCAAACAAACUGACAUCUCAUAUGGUACUAUUGCUGGUGGUUCAACCAUGACGUUUUUCAAGACCUCGGAUAUUCCAGUGUAUAAAAGAAUGUGGGAGUACAUGAGCAAGAAGGAACCAAGCGUAUUUGUAAAAGAGUCCAAGGAAGGAAUAGAGAAAGUUGAAAACGAAAACUAUGCAUUUCUCAUGGAGUCAGUCAUGAUAGACUACGCAGUGCAAAGAAAAUGUUCGCUGAUGCAAGUAGGAGGCUUGCUAGACAGUAAAGGUUAUGGGAUUGGAACACCUAUAGGCUCACCAUACAGAGAUACCAUAACACUGGCAAUCCUCGAACUCCAGGAAAAUGGAAAAAUACAGAUGCUGUAUAAUAAAUGGUGGAAAAACACAGGCACGUGCAACAGGAAGGAUAAAAAAGACUCUAAAGCCCACGAAUUAGGCGUUCAAAAUGUCGGAGGAAUUUUUGUAGUAUUAUUAGCUGGUCUGGCAUUAGCUGUGAUUGUUGCCGUGAUGGAAUUCAUCGUUAACUCCCGGAAGAAUGCCAAGAGUGACCGAGUGAGUGGUCAUGCAGGACAUAAGAAAACACAAUCAUUAUGUUCAGAGAUGCUUGAGGAGUUUCGCUUCGCCCUUCGAUGUAGAGGUUCCACGAAGCGGCCGGCUUUUCGCCGGACCUGCUCGAAAUGCUCAACGCAUGCAGAUGUUCCUGUGGACUCGCCCAAUGGUGUUAUACAACUCCGUGAACUCAAACGGUCACCAAUCACUGGCUGCAGGGAGUACAGAUCGCCUUCCCCACUACCAGACCUCUACUCAAAGGAAUUUAGAACUUCGUCACCUCUUCCUCAAUUCGAGGAACGGCAGAAGAGUGGUUACAGUGAUUACACAUGUAAAGAUUGAACAAGGAAUCGCCUUUUUCUGGAAAUAUGGAUUUCAUCACAUAGAGACGGGGAGGGGAGGGUAACCUAGAUUUCAUUUCUUCCUGGCCAAAGCAAAUUGAAGGUGACCAUUGAUAUAUGACAUUUCUUAUUUGAAAGGGCAUUGGUGUCAGUGUCCAAGCCUAAAUAUCUAGUAGUGUAAUGUCUUGCCCAUAUUGAUAUCAACAUCUAUAACCAAAGAUAUCUCUAAAUCUAUUCAACCAUUUUUAUUGCUGUUGGGUGGUCACAAAUGUUUUUGUUUUUUUUAUUAUCAUAAUUACAUUGAAGUACGUUGUUGUCAUCAUUAUGUUAUCGACCAUUUUUAAAAAUACACAACAAAACGUGUAUUUAUUUCAGAAAAAAGAUGUAGAAAUGACCAGUAUUUUGGUACAGCAGGCAAUAAGACUGUCUUGUGUUUUCAUGUUGAUAUAAUUAUCCUGAUUCUAAAGUAAUGGGCUUUUCUAGUUAAAAAUCAACCCUUGAUAAUUUUGUUGACGUCUGACACUGUCCGCCUAAGCUCAGGACGCUCACAAGGUUUGUGGUAUUGGUUACACACCAUUCUUUUCUUAAGUGAAUACUACCAGCUACAAUAAACAACAAGGGGCCCAAGGGUCUGCCGCUCAGCUGACAUUUUGUCUAUACCAGAUAUGAUAUGGUACCAGUUUAAUACAAGAAAGUGUACAAACUAUAUGAGUGCAACGUGCCAAAAAGCAAUCCCAUCGGAGGCAUUUGGAUGUAUAAGUAACGUGAUCAUAAGGUUUAUUGCACUACAUGUAGCUGAAACAUUGCUUUUAGGUUGCUAAAUCUCCUGCAUUAUCUAUUCAUUGUAAAGCCCAAUAUAUCAAACAGCUGAAUACUCUGAUUUGCUCAAUGGUCAUUGGAUGGAAUGUCAUGAUCAAUAGUCAUAAAGUUGACAGAAUGUUGCACCGGUAAAAAGAAUUUCAAAUUGACUAAUUAGAUUACUGGUGACCUGAUUAAUCAUUGUUAAAUUCACUUCACUUCACCUCUUGUUGUAAUCAUAAUCAUCAUAACCAAAGGAUCCAAAAAGAUUAAAAGUGCCAAAUUCCACAGCAUGUACAAUCGCCUGCCUUUGUUUAAGACAAUAACCACCUGCUACAGUCUGCAUUGCUUUAACAGGCUAUUAAUGAGAGCCAGAACAAGGCAUCAAAGGCAUUUUCAACAUGUUCAUAAAGGGUCAUUCAUAAAGUAAUGCCACACAGAAGGAUGAUGCUUGAUGAUGGUGUAGCCUGUAGCGCAAGGUCCACCGUAUACAAUCUGUGCUCAUCCAGAAAAAAAUCUGAAGGAACGUCCAUGGAACUGAUGCCAUGGAGACACUUCCCGAAGCACAGUAUCAAUACAGAUCAGCCUAUAAAAUGACUGGUUUGGAAUGAUACCAAAUGCAAAUUAGAGCCGGGAAAUUUCACAGACUGAACCUUAAGUAUAUCAGCCUACUCUGUCUACCAUGGCGGCAAACCAAGGAAGGUCUUUCAGUAUGGACAAGUAGUCCUCUCGUCAGCUCCAAUUCGUUCAUGAAAUAAAACAAAGAUCAUCAAAGUCAAUCGACUUUAUUCAUUGAGUGAUCCUUUUGUUUUUGUUUUUCAUGUACAAAGGGAGAGCCUCCCGUAAACACGCACACCUUUGCAAACCGACUUGUCGGAAAAUAGAAUUGUUCGGAAAAAAAAGUAAUAGCACCUCCCUACGAAAUGACAAUAUGGUUUCGAUUUCCGGAUUCAGUGCCUACAGAGGGAAAAGAACCUUCAUCAUGCAGAUAUUAAUCCCCUACCUUUUUUAGAACCUGAUCAUGGUAUGC